AUGGACAUUCAAAUUCGCCUUGCAAGAAAAACCGACUUGGCAUCCAUCAUCGAACUAUCAAAAGGCAUCUACGAAGGACACGACUAUCUCCCCCUUGUCUUUCUACGAUGGCUUGACGAACCGAAUCGAAGAGUCAUAGUCGCCGAAAAGGGAGGGGCGGUUAUAGGAAUACGAGCUUUUCAUAUUGUCGAUGGGGGAAAUACGGUAGUGAGCCAAAGUUUGCGAGUUCAUCCGAAAUACCGCGGUCAAGGAAUUAGCACCGUUUUAAUCCUUGCAGAACAGCGCUACGUUCAAACCCAUUUCCCGAGUGUUAUAACAGAGCGGUAUACCACAAUGUCGACAAAUGUUAGCCGGUUAGCUAUUCAAAGAAAAUCUGCCGGCGAAAACCUUGUGCUGGAGUUAGGAAUCGUCGCAUUUUAUGUUAAUUCAGCAACUUUUUUCAAUCGAUCUGAACUUGCUUGCGAAAAUGAGAAAGUUCGGAGUAUGGAUAUUAUGGAAUUUCAAAGAGCUAUAUCAGAAGGUAGAUUGGACAGUGUUCUUCAUAAAGACACUUUGAUCAUUGAUUGGGAACCAUUCAAAGCUAAUUCGUGCAAUACUGCUUGUGGUCUAGUGAACGAAGACGAUUGCUUGUUUGUAUCAGAGAAAAAUCAAAGCCAAAAAGACAUACAAUGCUUCAGUCACGGCCGCCUAUCUCCAAGAGUAAAAUGCCCACAUUGGGUAGCAACAAUUUAUACCGAGCAUUUGAAAUUAUUGAAAAUCCACAUUGCAAAACAAUUGGAGUACGCCACGUUGCAAGCAAGAAAGAAGAAAUUCAUAUUUUCGUGUUUUUUACCGACGUGCUUUGUGUCGAAUGCAAAGCAGUACGUUUUGGACGAAUUUUCACUUGAAUAUGUAGAGUUUUUUAACUUUAAUUUGUUGCUUUUUGAAAAAAAUUUCCGUGCAUAG